AUGUUUAUUACAAUUUCAAGAUAUCUUUUUUUAUUAUUUUUAAUAAAAUCAUGCCUUAACAUAUUCCCCCAAUACAAUGAUACAUUCUUAGAGUCUGGGCCGCAGCAAAACAAAAUUAGAAAUAACCAAACAUUAAAUAGGAGAAUAUUAAAUGAAAACGAGUUGCGUAAUUGUGAUAAAUGGACAGAAUGGUCACAAUGUUCAAAAACAUGCGAUAUUGGAAUAAAGAUAAGAGCACGAGUUAGUAGUAACCCGAUCCAUUCAUUAUUUUGUUCUAAAUUUACAGAAACUUCUGUUUGUUUUAUUCAAGAAUGUCCUGACAAUUCUGAAGGGAGAAGUCGUGAUGAAAAGGAAAAAAUAAAAAAUAAAAAAAAUAGAAUGCUAAGUAAAUAUGUAACAAUUUUUUGUAUAUUUUCGGUAGUAAAUAUAAUAAUAUUGCUAAUUUGUGCAAUACUUUCAAUCAAAAAGAAAAUUAUAUAA